AUGCCUAUUGAUAUUAACCUGCUUCGUGUCUCGCGUGGAGGAAACCCGGACUUGGUUCGUAAAUCCCAGAAAGACCGUUUUGCCAGUGUGGAGCUUGUCGAUGAAGUGAUCGCUCUGGAUGACAAAUGGAGAGCUCUUGUUGGAAGCAUUGACAACAUGAAGAAGGAAAAGCGUAUUUUGUCCACUGCUAUCGGAAAGGCUCGCAAGGAGGGCAAAGAUGCAGCGGAGGAAGCCGCAAAGGUGAAGGAGGUGACUGCAAAGAUCGAAGAAACGGAGAAGGAAGUGGAGAAAGUGCGUGUGGAGCGUGAUGCCAAGUUGGGCAAGAUCGGUAACAUAUUAUCGGACACUUGCAUCAUCGACAACAACGAGGACAACAAUGGUGUUGUCUGGAAGUGGGGAACGCCUCGUCCCAUGACCAAGGAUAUGUAUUGCCAUCACGAGCUCUUGUGGAUGCUCGAUGGAUACGAACCCGAGCGCGGAACGCGCGUAGCGGGCCAUCGUGGAUACUUCCUGAAGGGUUCCGCGGUGCUGUUGAACCAGGCGAUCAUCAUGUACGCGAUGCAAUGGAACACAAAGCGCGGAUUCACGCUUUUGCAGACUCCGUACUUCAUGAAUCGCGACGUGAUGGCCGGCGUUGCGCAGCUGGAGGACUUCGACGAGAGUCUGUACCACGUUGAAGGGGAGGAGGGCGAAGAGAAAUAUUUAAUCGCGACGUCGGAGCAGCCGAUCUGCGGGUAUCACAUGGGCGAGUGGCUGGACGAGAAGGAGCUGCCGUUGAAAUACACGGGGUUCUCUACGAACUUCCGGAAGGAGGCCGGAGCGCACGGGAAGGACACGUGGGGCAUUUUCCGCGUGCACCAGUUCGACAAAGUGGAGCAGUUCGUGAUUUCGAAGCCGGAGGAGAGCUGGGCGAUGCACGAAUACAUGAUUCAGAACUCGCGCGAGUUCUACGAGUCGCUGAAUCUGCCGUACCGCGUGGUGAACAUCGUGUCGGGCGCGCUGAACAACGCGGCGGCGAAGAAAUACGACCUGGAAGGAUGGUUCCCGGGGUACGAAGCGUACCGCGAGCUGGUGUCGUGCAGCAACUGCACGGAUUAUCAGAGCCGCGCGAUGGAGAUUCGGUGCGGCGCGACGAAGAAGAAGAACGAGGAGAAGAAGUACGUGCACAUGCUGAACUCGACGCUGUGCGCGCUGACGCGGACGCUGUGCUGCAUUCUGGAGAACUAUCAGACGAGCGAGGGCGUGGAGAUCCCCGAGGUGUUGCAGCCGUGGAUGGGCGGAAUCAAGUUCCUGCCGUUCAAACGACCGCUGCCUCCCGCGAUGCUGAAGGCCAGGGAGGAGAGACUGAAGCAGAUGAAGUAGAGGGAAUGGGAAUAAGAAAUAAGAAUUAUGGAAUGG